GGUUUACCGCAGUGUCUCCGAGUCCUUCAUCACCACCAUCACCAUCAUCGCGCACGGAUCGAUCCUAGGCUGGAGGCAGCGCGCACGCGCCGAGUCGGACACAGCUCAUCUUCAUCUUCUUCAUCCUCACCAUCAUGUCUGGAUCAAAGGAGGAGGACCGCAAAGGCUCGGGCCAGUGGCGAGAGUUCUUCUGGAACCCGCGCACGCACGAGCUGCUGGGCCGCACGGCCACGAGCUGGGGUCUGGUCCUGCUCUUCUACCUGAUCUUCUACCUGUUUCUGGCGGGGAUGUUUGCCUUCACCAUGUACGUCCUGCUGCUGACGCUGGACGACUACAAACCCACCUGGCAGGACCAGCUGGCCACUCCAGGGAUGAUGAUUCGUCCAAGAGGUGAUCAGCUGGAGAUCACGUUCUCCGUGUCGGACUCUAACACCUGGGACGGCUUUGUCACAAACCUCAACAACUUCCUGUCCCCUUACAACGACAGCCAUCAGGUCCAGACCAAUGAUAACUGCCCUUCUGAUCAAUACUUCAUCCAGGAGGACAGCGGCGAGGUGAGGAACAAUCCCAAACGCUCCUGUCAGUUCAACCGCACCAUGUUAGGAGACUGUUCUGGGAUGUUGGAUCGUUUCUAUGGUUACAACAAGGGCCAGCCAUGCAUCCUCCUCAAACUGAACCGGGUGAUCGGGAUGCUACCUGGGAAGGAUGGAGAGUCUCCUUAUGUCACCUGUGGAGCCAAGAAGGAGGACAGUGAGAAGAUUGGACCUCUGGCCUAUUUUCCCACCAAUGGAACCUUUAACCUGAUGUACUACCCGUACUACGGCAAGAAAGCUCAGGUGAACUACACCCAGCCGCUGGUGGCCGUGAAGUUCCUGAACGCCAGUCUGAACACAGACAUCGAUGUUGAGUGUAAAGUCGUCUCCAACACUCUGCUGGCCGGCAGCGAGAGGGACAAGUUCGCUGGUCGAGUUUCCUUCAAGCUACGGAUCAACGACAAAUAACCUCACAUACACGCUAAAGCUAACCCUGACCCGCCACGACCUGAUCUAGACCAGGACCCGGACUAUGGAGCAGGACCAGAACCUGGUUCACUGUUCCCAGAGUCUGUUACCAUGGUAACUGAUGCUGGAAACCAAACAUGGCAUCAGCUAUGACAUCAUGCAUCGUCACCUUCCAGCUUCCUGUUUACAGUCCUAUGACAACGACGAGACCAGAAUCAGGUUCUGGUUCUGAGACUGGAACCAAGAACCUGCUUCAGAACCACUCAGCUGAUCUUCAUGGCCCUAACCUUAGACCAGAUCUGUUAAAGGAACCAGGAACAGUUAGACCUGCUUCAUAGUCCUGGAUCAACCUGGUCCGUGAUGCAUUCACUGACCCUCUCCGCGAUGCAUUCACUGACCCUCUCCGCGAUGCAUUCACUGACCCUCCCCGCGAUGCAUUCACCGACCCUCUCCAUGAUGCAUUCACUGACCCUCUCCAUGAUGCAUUCACUGACCCUCUCCGCGAUGCAUUCACUGACCCUCUACAUAAUGCAUUCACAGACCCUCUCUGCGAUGCAUUCACUGACCCUCUCCAUGAUGCAUUCACUGACCCUCUCCGUGAUGCAUUCACCGACCCUCUCCAUGAUGCAUUCACUGACCCUCUCCAUGAUGCAUUCACUGACCCUCUCCAUGAUGCAUUCACUGACCCUCUCCACGAUGCAUUCACCAACCCUCUCCGCGAUGCAUUCACCGACCCUCUCCAUGAUGCAUUCACUGACCCUCUCCAUGAUGCAUUCACUGACCCUCUCCGCGAUGUAUUCACUGACCCUCGACAUAAUGCAUUCACCGACCCUCUCCACGAUGCAUUCACCGACCCUCUCCAUGAUGCAUUCACUGACCCUCUCUGUGAUGCAUUCACUGACCCUCUCCAUGAUGCAUUCACAGACCCUCUCUGCGAUGCAUUCACUGACCACCUUCAUUCGUCCCCACCAGCGGUAAACGUAAGAUUGAUUUUUUUGUGAUUUUAUCUUUUGUGCAGUUUAGGUCAACCACCCUGAAAUCGUCCAAUCAGCACACACUCUCACUGUGAUGUCACUGCCAAUGAGGAGGGAGAGAUAAAUGUCCUCUGAUGUCAUCAAUCUUAUUCUCUCUCUCCCUGAAAACAAAUGAACAGGUAUGUUUCCAUUACCAGAACUCCAGGAUAGUUCCUGGGAAGGAGAACUUGACCAGGAGAUAGGACGUCCCAGUCUUCUCAGCAUUCAGAUUCAGGCCUUUCAGAACUUGCAGACGUCAGCGUAUCACGACUGCUUUGGCGGUGAGUGAUGUCACUGAUCAGCACCAAAAAGCGCCCAAAGUACCAUUAGUAGUAUUAAAAGCAUGUACUUGAUAGAGCCUAUCAUGGCUUCCUCCACUCAGAGGACGAGAGCGGCCGAGAGCUGCGUGAGACGAGUUAACCACGUCUGUGGGGGGUCUCCGCGAGGUUUCCAGAGUCGGGAGUUAGAUUUUAAAUGAGACCGGAGCUGCUCUUCUGCUGCUUCCAGUCUGCUUCUCCAGCGACUCUUCUAACUUUACUAACGCCGGUCGGUUUGGACGACGCCUGCUGAUGUCACUUCCUGCUGAGUUACAACCAAUCAGUGUGAGUUAAGCGGAGGUUCCACUCAGCUACCCCACCGGGCUGGAGCACCCACCCCUGGGCAGGUCCUCCAGCCCGGUCAGGUGGAGACACGUCCUGUAGAUCUAGCCUGAGGUUCUGGUGCUGGAGACACGCCUACGACUGUUUUAUACUCAUGUUUGUAUUUAGUUAUGUGGUGUUUAUUUUGUUAUUUAUUUAUAAUGACACAUCUGUUUACACUGUUAGGGUUAAAGGUAUACACAACAGGAACCAGUUCAGGUACUGGUCCCUAGCUGGACUCUCCAGAGGCUGAGCAUCACCGUACCACACCAGUUUAUUUGUACCACACUGUAAACAGUAAAUAAAAACAUCAACUUCUAUUAAAACACAGCAGAUGUCAAAGCGGCUCAGAAACACAUAAACGUGUAAAACUGAUACCUGCAUUAGAAAGCAGAGAACAACAUUACUUUGUAACAGAUUUAUGACCUUUUUUCAGCUCCUCCGUUGCCAUGGAAACGUCCGAUCAGACCGUAGCUGUAGUUGCCAUGGUAACAGCAUGCUUUGAACAUAUCUCAUUAUUAUCAGGAAAGCUGUUGAGUUAGAUUAACUAGUUAGUUUAGUAGGGUAGAAAAACCAGUCAGCCAUGUUUGUUUAUGUUUAAAUGUUGUUUUGUUUACUGUUGUUACCAUGGAGAUCAGCACGACUGUCACGCUGGACCACAUGGACCGCCUCUUUUACCGCUACUAUUCUUCACCGUCUUCCUUUAGAGAGAGACCAGCCAAUCAGAUGCUCCUGUCGUGUGAUGUCAUCUGCUGUAACUCGUUUGUUAUUGGUGGAUGAAAAUAUCCUCGUGUUUAUAAAAGAGUAAAUAAUAAAGAUAUUAAAAACAAAA